UCAACAUUUUUCGGUAAAGCGCCUUAAUUCCAGCUCCAUCUGGCCGGCACACUCUGCCCAGGGUUAUCCCACGACUAAACUAACCCCGGUUUUCCCCGUCUUGAUCCUCUCGCUAGGCCGAGCUAGUACAUCCGCGCCGUUCUUCCCAUUUUACGACUUACAAAAUGGCGUCCGGCUCCUCAAAUCAUCGUACAAUGGAGUCUCGUACUGGUAGAACAAAGCAACGCUAUAACUCGAAGGGUGAACGAUUGGUAGCGGGAGUGGUCCCCCUGUCGGAGGACCGGGUAUACGUUUUGCUCAUCCAAUCGACUCGGAGAAAGGGCUGGGUUCUUCCAAAAGGUGGAUGGGAAUCGGAUGAAGAAUGUACAGAGGCCGCUGAACGCGAAGCCUGGGAAGAAGCCGGUAUAAUAAUCCGCAUCGACUAUGAUCUCGGCGAAGUCAUUGACUCGCGGCCACCUAAGAGGCUGUCUAAGGAUGCUCCCAAAGCUCUAUACCGCUUCUACGAGGCUACCGUCCUGACAGAGGAAAACAAUUGGCCCGAGAAGCACAAAAGAGAACGCCAGUGGUUUACAUACACCCAGGCGAAGGAGGCUCUUUCUGAUCGACCGGAGCUGCUACAGGCUCUCGAAUUAUCUACUAUGCACAGAACAUAAGAAUCCGGGUGUAACCGAGAAGAACCCUUCUUCAAUGUCCCUCUCACAGUGCAGUUCCGGCACACGUCUUUCUAUUGUCCAUAAGAUCCAUUUGACCACGUUCUAAUCUGGAAAAAUUGCAUAGACCAGGGUUCUGGAGUUGUCGGCAUCUCCCGAGAUAUUUCUUUCUAUCGUGCGGCAUUAUAAUACUCAUCUCCUUGACCCCUUUGUUUCUAA